AUGGAAGAUGGAGGAGAAAGAGAGGCCAAUGUCAGCCCGGAUUCUGUUAGUUGGAAGGCUCAGUACGACAUGUCCGAUAUGACAGAGAACGAGGGGGAUUGCACUUAUUGGUUUCGGAUAGUUGACCCCCGAUAUCACGCGACACUAGCGGACUCUCAAUACUUCAAUGUCAGCGCACCGAAACCCGAGGAGACGAAAACUAUUCCUGCGUCCACGGUAUUGAUAACUCUCACCGCAGAGGCCACUACAAGCACUACAGAUGCGUCCUCGAGCAAAGAAGCAGGUUUUACAUCAGAAACAAGUCCGAAAUCUGGAUUAUCUAAAGGUGAAAUUGCAGGUGUAGCAGUCGGCGCCACAGUUGGAGGCCUGUUGGUUCUUGGGGUUAUUGGAUGGGUGCUUUGGAAAAGACGGAUAAGAAUGAAAGAUGAUGCGGCACCGGCAGAGCUUCCUGGUAGUUACAACCAAGACCAGCCUUAUUCUGAGAGACCGAAGAGUGAGCUACCUGCUGAGCCUGUGGUUUUGCCUUCAGCAAGUCCUAGAGGCCCUCCCGAAGUCUACGAAGCACCAUAA